GCUGGUGAGAAGAUGCCUCCGCCGCCUGAGGCCCGGAACCGAAGGAAGGGUUAGAGGUCCGAGCGCAGUUUGCGCUGGGACCAAGCGGCUGUCCUGCAGUCAGAUCAUGGGCUCCACCAAGCACUGGGGAGAAUGGUUCCUGAACCUGAGGGUGCCCCCCGGGGUGUUCGGCGUGGCCUUCCUUGCUCGAGUCGCACUGGUUUUCUAUGGGGUCUUCCAGGACCGGACUCUGCUUGUGAGGUACACGGACAUCGACUACCAUGUGUUCACCGACGCCGCGCGUUUUGUCACGGAAGGGCGCUCCCCUUAUCUGAGGGCGACAUAUCGCUACACCCCGCUGCUGAGCUGGCUCCUCACUCCUAACGUCUAUCUCAGCGAGCUCUUUGGAAAGUUUCUCUUCAUCAGCUGCGACCUCCUCACGGCUUUCCUCUUGUAUCGCCUGCUCCUCCUGAAGGGGCUGGGGCGCCGCCAGGCUUGUGGCUACUGUGUCUUUUGGCUUCUGAACCCCCUACCGAUGGCGGUGUCCAGCCGAGGCAAUGCAGACUCCAUCGUCGCCUUCCUGGUGCUCGCGGCCCUGUACUUAAUAGAGAGGCGACUCAUCGCGUGUGCCGCUGUGUUCUAUGGCUUCGCUGUGCAUAUGAAGUUGUAUCCAGUCACCUAUCUCCUUCCCAUCGCUCUCCACUUGCUCCCAGAACGCGACAACGACGAAGGUCUCCGUCGAUCCCGGUAUUCUUUCCAGGCUCGUUUGUUCGAACUCCUGAACAGGCUGUGCAAUCGGGCUGUGCUGCUCUUUGUAGCAGUUGCUGGACUCACGUUUUUUGCCCUGAGCUUUGGUUUUUACCAUAAAUAUGGUUGGGAAUUUUUGGAGCACACCUACCUGUAUCUGACUAGGCGGGAUAUCCGUCAUAACUUUUCUCCAUACUUCUACAUGCUGUAUUUGACUGCAGAGAGCAAGUGGAGUUUUACACUGGGAAUUGCUGCAUUCCUGCCCCAGUUCAUCUUGCUUUCAGCAGUGUCUUUUGCCUACUACAGAGACCUUGUCUUUUGUUGUUUUCUUCAUACGUCCAUUUUCGUGACUUUUAACAAAGUCUGCACCUCCCAGUAUUUUCUUUGGUACCUCUGCCUUCUACCCCUUGUGAUGCCACUAGUGAGAAUGCCUUGGAAAAGAGCUGUAGUCCUCCUAAUGUUAUGGUUUAUAGGUCAGGCCUUAUGGCUGACCCCCGCAUAUGUUCUUGAAUUUCAAGGAAAGAACACCUUUCUGUUCAUUUGGUUAGCUGGUUUGUUCUUCCUUCUUAUCAACUGUUCCAUCCUGAUUCAAAUAAUUUCCCAUUACAAGGAGACACCCCUAACAGAGAGAAUCAAAUAUGACUAAUGUCUGUUCCCGAUCUUCUCAUUGCUCUGAAUGGACCAGAAAGAGUUUUGUACAUUUUUUCUGAACGCUAAGUACUCUGGAAAAAGUUCUCUGUUUCAACAGAAAUGAAACCAGUGUUUGCCUUAUACAAAGGGGACCCAAUAAUUAAGAUUCACCCUUUAGAAAAUCUUAGACUCAUUUACUUGGGUUGUGAUAGGAAGUAAAGGUUACUUGUUUGAAAAAGGAAAGGCUGAUGAAACUAGCAGAUGCUGAAUGAUUCUUGUAGAAUAGAGGAACAGAGUUAAGAGACAUAAGGUCCUAGCCAGUAUUUGUUCCAGCUAUACUAUGCUAAUGUUUAAGAUAUGUCUGAUUGUCAACCACCCACUUCUUUCUGAGGUUUUUUCACUAAAUAUUCCUAAAGUACAGGUGUUUUUGUUUUUGUUUUGAGAUAAGGUAUUAAGGAAUACUACCGUGGUUAGUUAGGAAAGUUUUAAAUUUUGUAUUAAAUGUGGGGCUUAGAAGAUAAUCCAAAGAAUUUAACUUGUAAUUAUGUUUCAUGUUUUUGUUUUUAACUUAGUUUUUCAGCACUUAAUCCCACUGGUGUUAGUCCACCAUUUGGUUUUAUACAGAAAAAAAAAAAGGAUUAAAUUUAAAUUCAUCUGUCUUUAAACUUGAGUUAUUACAGUUUUUAAAAUAUCAUUUUGCUUUUCAUGUUUGAGGUUCCUAAACACACAAACUCAUGUAAUAUUUUAAUAUUUUUACUCCCUUACGUUUUCUGAUUGCUAAAAAUAUUUUUCAUAUAAAAUUUAAAAAUUUAUUAAAGUUUUUUAUAUAAAAGUUAAUCAAGUAUUGUUUGUGUUAUAGAACUAUUAGUAGAUGCCUAGCAAGCAUGAGGCCCUGAGUUCAAAAUCCCAGCUUCCCCUGCUAUACACACGAAAAGAAAUAUUAGUACAAAAUAUUAGUGGAAAAACAUUCCACUUCUGAAAGUUUUGUCAUGGAAAUGGAGACCUAGGACGGAACCCUUGGGAGCAUAAGCAACAUCUCAAGGAGCCAUUGGUUUUUUAGACCCAGGGAUUGUAGAGGCUUUUUAUACUUGAUUUUAGGCAAAAGAUUGAGAGCGAUGGAAAUGAGGCUUUUGUAGGCAGAUCUCUUUCCCUUAUCACUAACAUUUCUGGGUUGUUUGUACAAGCAUCCUAAAAAAACCUUUUAUUUAAAUACAGCCCAUUUAAGCUGGGGACAUCCCAACAUUCUAAAAUGAAAUAGCAAUAUAUAAGCAUGAUUUUGUGAUUGCGAUUUUAAAAAGUAAAUAACUUAAGAAAUGUUUUUUUUUUUCAGUUAAAAACGAAAACCAAAUCCCUAAAAACAAAAAGCAGGAAAGUAGUAUUAUUCAUGUCAAUUUAAGCCUAAAAAAUCCUUUGAGAAUAAAAUGUCUAUAGGCUAGUUGUAAUUAAGAAUUUUAUCACUGUCAGCAUUUCUUUUGCUGGGUACCUUUUGGGACCUGGCAUUGGAAAGAAUAGGUAACUUUUUAUGGGCUGCUGUUGUAGUGAAAAUAGCAGUCAACUGUUGAGGACAAUGACUUUCCUUACAACAUUUAGACCCAUAUUGCAUAUUAGGUUUUACCUUGACAGCGCUUUGUAUAUGACAGUUCAACUAGUGGCCUUCCAACAAUGACAGUCUUACCUUCUAAGAAAUUAUUUUAUGAUGAUAUUUUUUUUGAUAGAGCUGAAAGGGCAAGGGGUAGGAAACAAAAUUCCUUCCUCAAUAUAAUUGCCUUUAUAUCCCUAUUUUAAUACAUAAAUUUACUUGUUUUCUUAUUUAUUUUUUGAUUUGUGUAUUAGUUGCAUUUUUUUGUUGUGACUAACUUUAGCAUUGAAAUUGCUAAAUAAUAUUUUAUCACAUGGAUGUUUACAUCAUGAAUGUGUCAUUCUUCUACUGUUAGACCUUUAAGAUUACUUCCAAUUUUUAAUAUUCUAAAUGCUACUUUAAACAUUUUCUAUGUUUUAGAUUGUUCUCUUAGGACAUUCUUAGAAAUCAGCAAGUUUCUGCUUGGAUCUUUAAAGAGAAUUCAACUCCAGAUUGUUCCCUGCCAGAAAUUCUUUACCAAAGAGAUGCAGGUGUUUUUUUAGAGAUGCAGAGUGCAUUUUGCAGUUUAUAUGCUUUAAAACAUUUAGUAAGUUAACUUGAGAAGUGAUUUAAUUUGGUUUCUUGAGAAAUUUUACUUUUUUCAUUUAUUUUUACUUUGGAGUUUUAUAAAAUCUUUUGACUUCUUUUUCUUACAAUACUUUUGGUUUCUUUAUUAGUCCUUUAAUAAUGCCUUAAAAUUAUAUAGCACUUUGACUUAUUUACUUCAUAAUUCUUUUUGUUUUUAUAACCUGUGUUAGCUUUCUUUCACUGUAACAAAUACCUGUUAUAAAUCAACUUAUAAGAAGAAAAGGUUUAUUUUGGUUCAUGGUUUUAGAAGUUUCAGUCCAGUAUUGGUUGGGCCUGUUGUUUUGGGCUGAUUUUCAUAUAUCCCAGUUUUUUGUGUUUAAUAUUUGAGAACAGACUUGUAUCGAAAAGUUUCCUUGAAAUAAAGAGCAUU